ACUUCAGUUUUGACAAGUGGCUUUAUUUACGUUUAGAAGUGUGUGCUUGGAAGAGUUUGCAAAUAUCCUCUGAAAGUCAGACUCUUCAGGAUGGACUUCCAGAAUCGUCCGGGAGGCAAGACCGGGGGCGGCGGCGUGGCGUCGUGGUCGGAGACGAAUCGCGACCGCCGCGAGCGGCUACGGCAGCUGGCCCUGGAGACAAUUGACCUGGCCAAGGAUCCCUACUUCAUGAAGAACCACCUGGGAUCGUAUGAGUGCAAGCUCUGUCUAACGCUGCACAACAACGAGGGCAGCUACCUGGCGCACACGCAGGGCAAGAAGCAUCAGGCCAAUCUGGCCAGGAGAGCCGCCAAGGAGGCGAAGGAAGCGCCUCAAUCGCUGGCGCCUGAGAAGCCACGCGUGGAGCCGAAGAAGUUCGUGAAGAUCGGCCGUCCCGGCUAUCGCGUGACGAAGCAGCGCUGCCCGGACAGCGGUCAGCAGAGCUUGCUGUUCCAAAUCGACUACCCAGAGAUCUCGGACGGCAUCAUGCCGCGCCACAGAUUCAUGUCGGCCUACGAGCAGAAGAUAGAGCCGCCGGAUCGCAAGUGGCAGUACUUGCUAUUCGCGGCAGAGCCGUACGAGACCAUCGCCUUCAAGGUGCCGAGUCGUGAGGUGGAGAAGACGGAGGGAAAGUUCUGGACAUACUGGAACAAGGACACCAAGCAAUUCUUCUUGCAGUUCGCCUUCAAGUUGGAGCCCAAGAUUAUCCCACCGCCGCCGCCGGGUCUGCGCGCUGGUGGGCCGGGCAUGGGCUCUGUGCCGCCGCCUCCGCGCCCGCCAAUGUUCAAUCCGGUUCCUCCGCCACCGCCAAUGGCUGUCCUGCCCGUCCCGCCGCCGCCCAUGUGAGCUCAAAGCGGGAAGAGGUCAAUAAAAGAAGCAUUUCCGCUGACAAACACAGUGCAGAGUUCUUUAUUGCAGCAUCAAUCGGUCUUGCGCGUCUUAUUUGCCAUAUUUCGGGUACAUCAUCAUCGGGGGGUACAUGUAAUAUGGGUAGUAGCCCUCCAUGCUCUCCAUGCUCAUGGAUCCAUAUCCGUAUCCGAAAGUCGGCUCAGGCUCGGGUUCUAGGAAAACAAAGUUAAUUCACUGCACUUUGGAAUCUUGAAGAGUCAAUAAAUGAUCAAUUACCGGCAUUGAUGAAAUGCGCCACAGUCAAGAAGCACACGACGAAGACAAGGAGUUUGAAGUACAUUAUGAACUGCUCAAGAUUUGGAGAUUCACUGAAAAUUGCUCCAAAUGAUAGAGCAUUUUAUAACCG